AUGGAUGAAAAAGCUAUGAAACUGUGUACAAAACAUAACUUAGAAAUCGUUUUGGUUGACCUUGAGGCUAAGAUUGUUUAGGGAACUAGAUUUCUAUGUUUAAAAUGUAUUAUUGAAAAAAUGAAUUUGACGAAAAUAAAGUAGAUUGAUGAGACAAAUCAUUUGAUCUAAGAGAUGAACAAAUCUGAAAUAAAUAGAAAGAUUGAAGAUAAUAAUAAGAGAUUAAAGAUUUUCAAUACACUAGAAUCAUAGUUAAGAGAGCUUAAGUAGAAUUUAGAUUCUGUAUUUGAUGAAAUAUUUAAUAAUAUUCGUUCAAAGCAGAGUUAAAUUGUAAGUGAUAAAACAAAUAUUCAAUAAUAAUCAAUCACACUCACCUUUGAAGAAGACAUUGAGAGACUUUCUUAAUUUUAAGAGUGCUAUAUUAGUGAAUAAGUUAUUCAUUUUACGGAGAGCGAUCAGAAAUUUAUUGAAUAAAUUCAAAUGUAAUUAAAAUAAAUUCUAAAUUCUGAUUAAUACAAUGAUUCAUUUAUUUUCAUUGAUUCAUAUAUUGUAAAGGAUGAUUAAAAUAGUGAAGAAAACUAUGAAAUUACAAAAUCUUUAAAUUAUGUAUAUUAAACAUUAAAUAACACUAGAAAACUCCUGCUUUGAAACUUCUUUGUGAAGAGCACAAAAAAGAGAUUAUAAUGUUUAAUUUGGAUAUGAAAACCAAUUCCUAACCCAAAAAGAUGGCUUGUAUAAAGUGCCUUUAAUAGUAUCCUGCUCAAUACACUCCAUUAGAAGAUGCUAGUAUUUUAUGGUCCUAAUACUAAAUGAGGAAUGAAACUAAUGUAAAUGAAAUACAAAAGUCAAGGAAUUAAAUUUCAUCUAAAAUAUUACAAGUAAUUUAAGAAUUUAAAUUGCAACAAGAUUAAGUAUGUGAUGAACUAAUAUAAACUCUUAGAAAUCAAUAAUAACCAAUAGGAAAGGAAUAGUAGAAUUAAAAAUAAAUUAAUGUUAAAUCUAUUUAUCAAUUGACAUAAAAUCAAAUCCUUGCAGUUAUAGAUCAACUUAGUUAAAAUGACAAGAAAGAAUCAUCAUAAGAUCACAAAAUGAAAUUAGAGAAGAUUGAUAAAAUAUUUUAUUCAGACUUAUAUUCUAGAUUGGAGCAUUAAAUCUAAUAAUCAUAAAUACAUUUAUAAAAAUUCAAUUCAAUAGUUAACAAUAAUAAUAAUUAACUUAUUAAUCAAGUUGAAAAUUUAUUUUAGUUGAAUUAAUAGAAAGAUAAAUUUCAUAAUGAAGUAUCAGUUGAUAUUUUCUAUAUAUGUGAAAAAAUUAGAUUUUUUAUAGAUCAAAUCUUCGCUUUUGAAUUUUAGUAAAAUGUAAUGGUGGAAACAAUUAAUCAAUAUCUCAAGAUUUAAGGAGAAAUUGCGGAUUUGUAGCUAAUUUUAACUAAUAAAUUAGAAAAAUCCUAAGAAUUUAAUGAGAUUUUUCAACAAUUCAACCAAUAAUCAGAGAAUUUUAAAUAAAAUUACAUUAGAUUUUAAUACUUCUUAGAUAUUGAUAAAACUUCAAAUUAAUUAGCUCAAAUGAAAGAAAAGGAAAUUAAACUUUAAAAACAUAUUGAAUUGCUAGGUGUAUUUUUAUUUCUAAUUUUUAGAUUAUUAAAUGAAAAAGGAAAUUGAACUAUCUAUUCAAAGUAAAGAUGAAGAAAAUAAAAAAUUAAGAGAAAUAAUUGAAUCUAUUUAAAUGGAAAAAUUGGAAUUAAUCAAUAAAUAUGAUAGUUAUCAAAAAAAAUAGAAAGAAUCUUAAGAAUAAAUAAAUAAAGAGAUUGUAGAAUAAAAAAUAGUAUUAGAAAAAUAAAACAAAGAAAAAGAGGAAAAUAUAAGGAAAUUAAACGAAACUAUAGAAUCAAUCGGUAAACAAAAUACAUAUUUAUCAAUAAAAUUGAAUAAUCCUGUUUAUCUAUAGCUGUGUCAAAUAGUGGUAAUACAUCAAAAUUUUUAUUUUUAUAGUCAUCUUAAUACUAGAAAUAAUUAACUUUUUCUUAAAUCAACAAGCAUAUAAAUUGUUAGGUCUCAUAAAAUGGAAAACAAGUUGAAAAUGGUGCAUAUUGUCUUUGUGAUUAAGUAAUUCCAAAAAUUGGAGUCACAUCAUUUGCAUUCAAAAUCAUUUCAUUAGCUGCUUAAUGCUAUAUUGGAAUUAGGAUUAAGGAGAUUAUUGAAAAGAAUAAUUAUCAUGAAAACGUCGGUAUUGGAUAUGGGUAUUGAGAUGUUGAAUAGUAGGUCAUAUACAAUCAAUUCAUGUAAAUACUGUUUUUCACACCACGAUACGGCUCGAGAUGCUAAAGUUUUAUCAUUUGAAUUUUCAAUUAAUGAUAUAAUAUUGAUUGAAGUAGACAUUUAAAAUAAAAUUAUAAAGUGGACAAAAGCAAAUACAAAUUAAUCAUUAGUAAUAGUUAUAAUAUCACUUAAUAGACGCUAAACAUAGAUACAACUUAUGAUUUAUAUCCAUGUUUAUGGGUUCAGUAAAGUUCAGGUUAUGGUAAUAAAGUAUAAAUUGUAUAAUCCUUAGAAUGAAAAUAUAUUAGUCUAAAAUUGCUAUAUAAAAUUUCUUUAAUAUAAAUUAGAUUAAUUAUUAAUGAUUUGGUUUAAUUAUUACUCAUAUUAAUGCUAUUCUGACUAGGAUUUAAAAGAGCUGUGUCGAUUAAUUUAAUAUGAUCCUGUUGGACAUAUGUAAAUUUAUAACGAGGAAAAUAUUAUCAAAUAUAUGUUUGAUAAAUCUAAAUAUGUUAGAUGAAGGGAUCUUAUUCUUCCAUAGUAAAGAAUACUCCAUAUAUAAUAGAAAGCCAAAUUUAUUAGGCUUCAUUUAAGUUAAUUGCUGGAGUUGUUUACUGCAGUGUUAAAAAAGAUCAUGGAAAUGGAGUUCAAAAAAAUAGAAUAUUUAUACUUAGAUGAAAACAGAAUAUGGUUAGAAUUUGAGAGUAACAGUCCAAAAUUAUCUAUUUUAUAAGUUAAAAUCUAAUAUUUUCUAAGUUUACAGGAUAUUAAUGAUUUCUAGAUAUUAUAAGAUUUUAAAUCAGAAAAUUACUUGCAAUAAAAAUGA